GUGAGGUUGGGGGCACGGGCCUGGGGCCUUUCCCUUGAAGCUGAGCCAGGUGCUGGGCGAGAGACGCGUGUCUGGUCCACCUGGAUUCUGCCGUACCCGGGAUCGAGUUCGCGCCAGGUCUCGGAAGGCUGCCGUCUUGCCUCAAGGAAAAGCUUAAAUGGCACCUCGAAAGGGGAAGGAAAAGAAGGAAGAACAAGUCAUAAGCCUUGGACCUCAGGUGGCUGAAGGAGAGAAUGUAUUUGGUGUGUGCCACAUCUUUGCAUCCUUCAAUGACACCUUUGUUCAUGUCACUGAUCUUUCCGGCAAAGAAACCAUCUGCCGAGUGACUGGUGGAAUGAAGGUAAAGGCUGACCGAGAUGAAUCCUCACCAUAUGCUGCCAUGUUGGCUGCCCAGGAUGUGGCUCAGAGGUGCAAGGAGCUGGGCAUCACUGCUCUACACAUCAAACUUCGAGCUACCGGAGGAAAUAGGACCAAGACCCCCGGACCAGGGGCCCAAUCAGCCCUCCGAGCCCUGGCCCGCUCUGGUAUGAAGAUAGGGCGGAUUGAGGACGUCACCCCCAUCCCCUCUGACAGCACCCGCAGGAAGGGGGGUCGCCGUGGUCGCCGUCUGUGAACUGGACUCCUCAUAUUUUGCGUUAAUAAAUUGCCAUGGUAUAAAUAAACUAUUUCAACUCUA